AUGAAAUAUAUAUUGAUCAUUCUAACAGGCUGCAUAGCUAUUUCGAAAAUUUCUUGCCACCAAGUGGACAACCUCACUUUUCCAUCUGGAUUGUUAUUUGGUGCUGCAACUUCAGCAUUUCAAACCGAAGGGGCCUGGAAUGUUAGUGGAAAAGGAGUAAGUAAUUGGGAUUAUUGGACUCAUCACUGUCCGGAGUGCAUAGCAGAUGGGAACAACAUAGAGAUAACUUGUAACUCUUACUAUAAGUACAAAGAGGAUGUGGCUUUGCUUAAGAAAAUUGGUUUUAACUAUUACCGGUUUUCGAUCAGCUGGACACGAAUUCUUCCUAACGGACUUAAGACCAAGGUGAACAGAGAAGGCAUUGAACACUAUAAAAAUUUGACGAAAACGUUAAUUGCGAAUGGUAUCGAGCCCAUGGCUACAAUGCACCAUUUCGACACCCCGCAAAUGCUGGAAGAAAUGGGUGGAUGGACAAAUGAUUAUAUAAUAAAAUGGUUCGCACACUACGCUCGAAUUAUCUUCAAAGAACUGGGCUCUUAUAUUAAAAUCUUCACAACCAUUAACGAACCGCAGAAGCUCUGCGAAGGCUAUGCGGGAAUCUCCAUGAGCCCUGGAAAAAGUUUACUCAAUUACGGAUCAUACAGGUGCCUAACCAAUGUCUUGAAAGCUCAUGCUACAGCUUAUCACAUCUAUGACAAAGAAUUCCGAGCAACUCAAGGAGGAAAGAUUGGUAUUACCAAUCCGUGCGAUGGAUUCGUUUUCGACAAAACGAAUGACACCACUGCCGCCGAUAUAGCUUUCCAAUUUGACUGUGGAAUGAUUGCGCAUCCUCUUUACAAAGGUGACUAUCCGAAAGUGGUGAAAGAGAGAGUAGCCAAUCUCAGUAAGGCAGAAGACUUCCCCGAAUCGCGUCUUCCCACGUUGUCGGAAAAGUGGAUAUCAUUUAUAAAGGGGUGCUCUGAUUACUUUGGUCUGAAUCACUACACGUCCCACAUCUGGCUGCCUGAUCCAAACGAAACCCUUGGAAUACAUUCGUCCGAUUCUGGUAUAAUAGGUAUCAAUAAACCCGAAUGGAUUACUGGAUCGGAUUCUUCGACAAACAUGGUGCCUGAGGGGUUUGGUAAUUUGUUACGAAAAAUCAAAGAAGAAUACGACAAUCCCGUAGUUUACGUAACUGAAAAUGGAUUCCCUGAUCACGGCGAAUUGAUGGAUUAUGAUCGAAUAAAAUACUACCGUGAAUACGUGGAGGAAAUGUUUACGGCCGUCAAACGAGAUGGCUGUCGAGUCGAACGGUACACGAUUUGGAGUCUGAUGGACAAUUUCGAACUGAAUUCUGGUUACGCAGCACCCUUCGGCAUCAUACACGUAAACUUUAGCAGCGAUAACCGAGAAAGAACACCAAAGCUCUCCGCAUCAUGGUGGAAAAAUGUUUUUCGAACGCGUAAGCUUCACGAUCUUCCCCGUAAAUAUGCAGCCGCGCACAAGAACGUAUCGAAGGAAUCGAGCUAGAUAUAAUACGUUCUACGAUGUAAUCGCAAACAAAUAAUUCACCCUUCAACUUUAGUCAAUAUUGUUAGCAGAAAGUCUUAACAACGAAUGAAAAAAUGUUUGAGUUGACGGUAAAGGGGUAACAUGGUGUAAUUUGUUACACCUUUAUUCAACAGGUUAAGAG